AUGUCUCAAAAUGCCGAGACCCGCAAGAACAGCGCUGAACUAAAGUUCCAAGACUCUAGUGUCGACAAGAAUGAUUCUCCCGUCGGGAACCGAGAAGCCGCUCGCCUCGAGCAGCUUGGGUACACUCAGGAGCUGCGCCGGGAGUUCUCCCUGUGGUCUAUGGCCGCACUUUGUAUGUGCUUGAUGGCAACAUGGGAGGCUCUGUCAUCAGUACUCGGCUCGGCAAUUGUAGCGGGAGGUGCCCCCUGCCUCUUCUACAACUAUGUGCUGUCCUUCGUAUGCACUAUUGCAAUCACCCUCUCACUGGGUGAGAUAGCCUCGAUAUAUCCAACAGCAGGAGGUCAAUACCAUUGGGUAGCCGCUCUCUCACCAGCAUCCACACGCUCAGCCGCCGCGUGGUUCACGGGAUGGAUUUCGAUCGGUGGUCAAAUCGUUCUAACGGCAUCCGCAGCGUUUGCAGCAGCUCUGCAGAUUCAGGGGAUGGUGGUAUUGAACAACGAUACAUAUUCGCCCGAGCGAUAUCAAGGGAUGUUGAUUUUCUGGCUUAUUCUUGUAUAUGCUGCUGUUAUGAACAUUUGGGGACACAAGCUGCUCCCGCAUGUGAAUCUUCUUUCUGCUGUUCUGCAUGUCGCCGGCUUUUUAGCUGUUUUUGUCACACUUGCAGUCAUGGCUCCCAAGAACGAUGCGAAAUUUGUCUUCGUCGAAACCAUUAACUCAAGCGGCUGGUCAAGCGACGGUGUCUCCUGGCUGGUUGGCCUGUUGAGUGCUGUUUAUCCAUUUCUUGGAUACGAUGCCGCCUGCCAUAUGGCUGAAGAGAUGCCCGACGCGAGCCGUAACGUGCCAAUUGCCAUGGUCGGCAGCUCGGUUGUGAACGGUUUGAUUGGCUUCGCGUACUGCAUCAUGCUACUGUACUCUACCGGGCCGAUCGACGAAGUCCUUACGACGCCCACCGGCUUCCCAUACAUGCAGAUAUUCCUCGACGCCACGAAGUCCAAUGCCGGUACCACACUUCUUUCACUCACAAUAACCCUUACCGCCAUCGCUGCCACAGUAGCCGGUGUAGCCUCGACGUCGCGGACAUUGUGGGCGUUCGCGCGCGACUCGGCAACUCCGUUCCAUCAGCAGAUUAGCAAGGUCGACCGUAUGAGCGAGGUGCCGUUCAAUUCGAUCACCGUUGUGACAGUCCUUCAAAUGCUGCUUGGGUUCAUCUAUCUCGGCAACUCGACUGCUUUCAAUGCUAUUCUGGCUAUGGCCAUCAUAGGCAUGUACAUCUCGUACAUCCUUCCCGUCAUAUACAUGUUGCUAUACGGUCGGCCAAGUAUGUCCCAGUCGGCGUAUGGCCCUUUCAGACUUGGAAAGGUUUUUGGGGUCGCAAUGAAUGUGAUAAGCAUCGUCUGGCUUAUUGUGGCAAUAGUGUUCAGCACGUUCCCUUCGACCUUACCAGCAGCCGCCGAAACGAUGAACUAUUCAUCUGUGGUGAUGGCUGGGUGGGUACUGUUUGGAGCAGUGUAUUACCUUACCGGGGGUUGGAAAGAGUUCAAAGUCCCAGUGGUUGGGCAAAGCACUGUGCUUGAUGGAAUUCCAGUCUCCAAAAGGUAG